AUGUCCCAUCGCCCAGGGUGGAGAUAUGAAAAAUAUUGUCCGACUUGGUGUUAUAAAGCCGCUCAGGAAGUUUGGCGUGUACAUGAGUUACAAAAUUUUAGGGUCGAUAAACUUGCUGCAGAUAAUGAUUUCUACAGAAUUAGAGCAACUGUAGUAGCAAACGAUGGUUCUGAAAGAACAUUUAUUUCCGCAAUGAAAGCAUGUAUGUUAGCUGAAUCAGAACUAGACGACAAAUUAUCAAUUUCUCUUGAUUAUAUGGGCAGAGUGAUUGGUGUUACUACUGUGAUAGCUUCAAAAGCGUCCUGUGAAGGCAGCCUUGUUCCAAUAAGUAAGCUUAAAGAGUUUACCACUAGUGUUUAUGUGAGGCAUACUGAAACUGGGGCAAUCCCCGACACAGCUUCGUUUAUUCAAAAAAUAGAAAGAGAACGUGAGGCACAAGAAAAAGGAGAAGGGAAAGAUAAUAGAUCAUUUUUGUCCAAAUAUUGGAUUUAUAUUGUUCCUGUUGUGAUAGUAAUGGUGAUAACUUCAGCCAGCAAUCCAGAUGGGCAGCAGGGUGGAGCAGCUUCAUAAGUACCUGUUUAAAAUAGUUUAUUUAUUCAAAUAAAUGAUAAGUUAGAGUGAAAAUGUUCCCAAAUAAAUUUAAUUGAAAUGAAUAUAUGGUGUGAGGCCAA